AGUCAAAGAGUCUUCCCAGAAUGACCAUUCAGAUCCCAGUACAUCACAUGCUUUAUCUAAAGAUCUUGAUGAAUCACCCAUAUUUCAUUCUGUGUCUGUGGCAGAAUAUAUUACUGAAGAGGAGAGACAAACAUCUGCAAGGGCUGACCACACGAAGACCCAACGACCCAACGAAGAGUGAGCUUAAAGAAACACUGGAGGUUCUGCUACGAAAAGUAGACAGCCUGGCAGCCACCCAGAGAGAAAUACUCAUCCUACUGAGGAAGCGCCAGGGUCAUCAGAGAGCGGAAGACAUCCUGGAGCUCAAUAUUGCUCAGAACAAAGAGGAGCUUGAGGACCUUGACCACCGUCUUAAAGACUUGGAUUUCAGAAAGAGAGUGCCUUAUUGGUGGGUCAAAUCCAGGGGAUUGUGUGAGGAGAGUGAUGCGGGCAGUAGCGACAAACAUCGUGUGGAGCCAAUUCAGUUUGAAGGGAAAAGGGAGAAAUUGCCUCUGAUUGACACAACUCUGUGUAAAGUCAUCAAACAUGCUGUUAUGAAAUGCAAGUCUGAUCUGGGAGAGAAGGACGUAGAGUGCUACAUUGCAGAGACACUGAAACAUGUGCCAGCCCAACUGAAAAAACAUGUUCAGGAUCGACUGCCAGUAGGCCCUGCAGAAUUGGAGUAG